UGUUAUUUUCUUUUUAAACAUAUUAUUGUGUUCUGUGAAAACAGAUGGAAAUACGUGUGGUGAAAAUCGUGUAAUGGCAAUGGCAAAAAUUUAUCGUGAAAUGCAAUGUACACCAAUAUUAGAUGCUAAAAACCAAUGCCCAAGGGCUUACGAUUGUCAAAUAUUUCGAACAAUAAGUGCGAAUCCCAACAAAUGCUAUUGGAAUAAUACAGAAUAUGAUGUUGGUAGCCAAUUACCAAAUGAAUUAACGGAAAUGGAUUGCUUUGCUUCUUGUUACUGUUCAUCAUCCAAGGAUUUGCGUCGUACAGAACUUAAUAUUGUUCAAGCUGGAUUUCGAUGCGCCAAUAUUGAAUGUCCAGGCGAUGUGGAUUAUAAUAAUUCACCACCAGAAGCAGGCUGUCAUUAUGAACAUAAUUUAUGAACUUGUUGCCCUAGCGGCAUAAUAUGCCGUAUAUGUAUACGAAAUUGUGCUCAAUGUAAAAAAAUGUUUGGAUCAUAUUUUGAUGGUCAACUAUGCGCCGAUACUUGUGUGAAA